AUGGAAGUUUCAAGCGGAACAGAUGAGAGGCAUGAGCCGCCGGCAGAGGGAUCCAACGAACCCAACGAAGUGCAAGGCAGCCUCCGAACGGUGCAAUCGACGGUUGACGAUGAUCGAUCCAGCAGACUGACGUCGAGCGCGCUCGACGAGCUCAAUGCGUCGCACAUUGACAGCAGCACUUCUGUGUCGCUAAGCAUCGACACAGACAUCAGCGACGCCGACUCGGCCAUGGGAAUUGAUCCUGGCCGCGCCUCUUCGUCCGCCUCGGUGGCAUCGAGCGUGUAUCGCUUCGUGGAAGAGUUUGGCAGGACGUAUCACGCAUAUAAAGAAGGAAAAUACUUCCUCCCCAACGAUGAGCAAGAGCAAAGCCGCCUAGACCUCCAACACGCCAUCGCCCUGCGCAUCUUCAACGACAAGCUCGGCCUCGCCCCCGUCUCCAACCCCCACCGCGUCCUCGACAUCGGCACAGGCACCGGCAUCUGGGCCAUCGAGUUCGCCGACAGGUACCCGGCAUCGGAGGUCCUCGGCACGGACCUGAGCCCCAUCCAGCCGGAAUACGUGCCGGCAAACUGCCAUUUCGAAAUCGAUGACGCCGAGGACGAGUGGGCGUUUAGCCAGAAAUUCGACUACGUCCACGGCCGUUAUAUGUGCACCUCCAUCUUUGACCUUCCUAAACUCUUUGGGCAGAUCUACGAGAACCUCAACCCGGGCGGCUGGGUCGAGUUCCAAGAGACCGUCAUCGACUUCAAGGCCGUGGACGGGUCGCUCGAGGGCACGGCGCUGCGGCGGUGGAACGAUCACCUCCUCGAGGGGAUCCGCAAGGCCGGGCGGGACGCGCUCUCUGCCCUUGAGUACGCGCGGCACAUGACGGACGCGGGGUUCCAUAACGUUGAGCAGAAGAGGUUCGCGGUACCGGCGUCGCCUUGGGCGAAGGGGAGGAACCAAAAGAUUUUGGGCGCCAUGCAGAUGACGAAUAACCUUGAGGGGGUGCAGGGUAUCACGAUGAAGAUCUUUUGCCAGGUGCUGGGCUGGACCCGAGAGGACGCCGAGAUGUUGCUGAUGGAUGUGAGGAAGGAUAUGGCGGAUAAGAAUAUCCACGCGUAUAUCACGACUAUGUCGGUUUGGGGGCAGAAACCCCAGGAACCGGGACGGUCGGCCGUCUGA